AUGGCAUCUCCAGGCUCUGGCUUCUGGUCCUUCGGGUCUGAAGAUGGCUCCGGGGAUCCCGAGAACCCCAGCACAGCGAGAGCCUGGUGUCAGGUGGCCCAGAAGUUCACGGGCGGCAUCGGAAACAAGCUGUGCGCCCUGCUCUACGGAGAUGCCGAGAAGCCCGCGGAGAGUGGCGGGAGCGAGCCCCCGCGCGCCACCUCCAGGAAGGCCGCCUGCGCUUGUAAUCAGAAGCCUUGCAGCUGCCCCAAAGCGGAGGUCAACUAUGCGUUUCUACACGCAACAGACCUGCUGCCAGCCUGUGAUGGAGAAAGGCCCACGUUGGCGUUUCUGCAAGAUGUUAUGGACAUUUUGCUUCAGUAUGUUGUGAAAAGUUUCGAUAGAUCAACCAAAGUGAUUGAUUUCCAUUACCCUAAUGAGCUCCUUCAAGAGUAUAACUGGGAAUUGGCAGACCAACCACAAAAUUUGGAGGAAAUUUUGAUGCAUUGCCAAACGACUCUAAAAUAUGCAAUUAAAACAGGGCAUCCCAGAUAUUUCAAUCAGCUUUCCACUGGACUGGAUAUGGUUGGAUUAGCAGCAGACUGGCUGACAUCAACAGCAAACACAAACAUGUUCACCUAUGAAAUUGCUCCAGUAUUUGUGCUCUUGGAAUAUGUCACACUAAAGAAAAUGAGAGAAAUCAUUGGCUGGCCGGGAGGCUCUGGCGAUGGGAUAUUUUCUCCUGGUGGCGCUAUUUCUAACAUGUAUGCCAUGCUGAUCGCACGCUUUAAGAUGUUCCCAGAAGUCAAGGAGAAAGGAAUGGCUGCGGUUCCCAGGCUCAUUGCCUUCACAUCUGAGCAUAGUCACUUUUCUCUCAAGAAGGGAGCUGCAGCUUUGGGGAUUGGAACAGACAGCGUGAUUCUGAUUAAAUGUGAUGAGAGGGGGAAAAUGGUCCCAUCUGAUCUUGAAAGAAGGAUCCUUGAAGCCAAACAAAAAGGAUUUGUUCCUUUCCUUGUGAGCGCCACAGCUGGGACCACCGUGUAUGGAGCAUUCGACCCCCUCUUAGCAGUUGCUGACAUUUGUAAAAAGUACAAGAUCUGGAUGCAUGUGGAUGCUGCUUGGGGUGGGGGAUUACUGAUGUCCCGGAAGCACAAAUGGAAGCUGAGCGGCGUGGAGAGGGCCAACUCUGUGACAUGGAACCCACACAAGAUGAUGGGCGUCCCUUUACAGUGCUCCGCUCUCCUGGUUAGAGAAGAGGGAUUGAUGCAGAGUUGCAACCAGAUGCAUGCCUCCUACCUCUUCCAGCAAGAUAAACACUAUGACCUGUCCUAUGAUACUGGGGAUAAGGCCUUACAGUGUGGACGCCACGUUGAUGUUUUUAAAUUAUGGCUAAUGUGGAGGGCAAAGGGCACCACUGGGUUUGAAGCACAUAUUGAUAAGUGCCUGGAGCUGGCUGAGUAUUUAUACAGUAUCAUAAAAAACCGAGAAGGAUACGAAAUGGUGUUUGAUGGAAAGCCUCAGCACACAAAUGUCUGCUUCUGGUACGUGCCUCCAAGUUUGCGUGUCCUGGAAGACAAUGAAGAGAGAAUGAACCGCCUCUCAAAGGUGGCCCCAGUGAUUAAAGCCCGAAUGAUGGAGUAUGGGACCACAAUGGUCAGCUAUCAGCCCUUGGGAGACAAGGUCAAUUUCUUCCGCAUGGUUAUCUCAAAUCCCGCAGCAACUCACCAAGACAUCGACUUCCUGAUUGAAGAAAUAGAACGCCUUGGACAAGAUUUAUAA